AUGUCCUCCGAAACGCCAGAAGCCUUCGAGAGUAGGCCGUCCGACCUGACCUCCCAUCCUGCCCACGAGGCGGACGGUGAGAAGUCACAUGGAACCACCAGCAAGCCCAUCCUGGCCGACCAGGUGCGCGCCGUCAUUCGUCUGAUACAGUGCCGAAAAUGUUCCUACCCCCUGAACGACCCCGUUACGCUGCCCUGUGGUCGCAGUCUUUGCCGAGAAUGCCUGCCAGAGUCGCGCACGAGGGAACACAUCUCCUACCCCGCGACGCCAGCCCGCCUUCAGGGCUUCGACUGCCCCUUUCCCGAAUGUGGUAAACAACACGCCCUGAGCGAUACCAGCGCGGAUGUCGUUUUGAGCAAAGCAAUCGAACACUUCAGGAACGCCAUAUUGCAGGGCCAAAGCCUCGAGGCCUUGGACAGCAUUCUCACGAACGUAUCGAUACAAGACGAAGACGAAAGGGCGGUCGCGGGCCUAAGCUCCAUGGCGGAGAGGAAUCACAAAUCCACAUUGGUCAGGGGAGGGAAGCUCGUCGCCACAUACACCUUGGCCGAACAGGGCGAGCUGAAGUAUGCUGCAGAGGUGUCGUUUGCCGAGGUUUCCCUGACUGGCGAUGAGGCGGCUCUCGUCGACGAGGCUGUCUUUAUGCAAGUCAAGGAGUCGGUACGCACCGAGAUGGACUGCCAGGUCUGUUACGCACUCUUCUAUGAUCCUUUGACGACGGUCUGUGGCCACACCUUCUGCCGUUCAUGCCUCCACCGCGUCCUCGACCACUCACUCUACUGCCCCAUCUCGGCUGAGGCGUUGAAUCGACAUCGAGAGUUUGACAUUCCCGUCUUCGUCUGCACGCUGGCAUUCCCAAUGAUGCCAACGUUCCUUCACAUCUUUGAGCCAAGGUAUCGACUCAUGAUAAGACACGACGCUCCGUUUGUUGAGUACGGUACACUUCUCCGCAUUGUGAAUGCGGAAUAUUUCCCAGACGGCCGCAGCUUGAUCGAAACCAUCGGAAUAUCUCGUUUCAAGGUUGUGAGGCAUGGGGUCCUCGAUGGCUACAUGGUCGGCAAGAUUGAUCGCAUCGACGACGUCAGCAUCGCGGAAGAAGAAGAGCUUGAAGUCCAAGAACUUCAACACUCAUCUUUGCAACGUGUCGCCAGCAACACAUCGCAACAGAGUGGCUCGGGGACACCACCCAGAGUAACAACGACGACGGAGGAUCUUGCGAGGAUGCCUACCCGGGAUUUACUUGACUUUGCCGUUUCAUUUGUGCAAAGGAUGAGCCAGCAGAGUGUUCCCUGGCUUGCCCAGCGCAUACUUACAAUCUAUGGGGAAUGCCCAGUUGACGCAGCCCAGUUCCCCUGGUGGUUUGCCAGCAUUCUUCCCGCCAAGGAACCCGAGAAGUACAGGUUAUUAGGAACACAGAGUGUUCGCGAACGACUUAAAAUCUGCUGCGCCUGGGUCCUUGAGUGGGAAGCCAAUAGGUGGUAA